AUGAAUCACAGCGAGCUGUUACUGCGGCAGAGCCUGGGCACGCUCUCCCCGUCGACACGCCAACGACUGCACAAUGAGUUCCUGAUUGACAGUCUCACACAUCAGAAGUGCAUUUCAUUCAGCUAUGCCAAGCAUUAUGACGCAGAUGCAGAUGCAGAUGCAGAUGCAGGUAUCGAUGGGCCGUUGUCUGGCCGACCGCCUGGAAAACCAGAUGCGAUCGCGCAUCAAGCGGGCGUGAAUUGCCUGACGGUAGAUGGCAUUGAGGGACAGUAUCUGUUCAGCGGCGGGGCAGACUCGACGGUGCGAAUGUGGGAUCUCGAGACGAAUGAGCUCGACAGUUAUGACUUGCCCUCUUCGAAUCAUUUUCGAGCUGGCUAUAUCUACAGCUACAAUGCCACGUCUCAAACAUCGCCAUCAAGACGAGAGAGACUCUACAAGCCCAAAGCAACACUAAGCCGGAGCACGCCCUCAUCACACACACACGCCUUGACAUCCAUAUCAAUCUAUCCAUUCGACCCCACACCAUCAACACUACUCACGACAUCAUACGACAAAACCCUCAAAGUGAGCAGCAUCACAUCCUCGACCAUCACCCCAUUGCACACCUUUCCCCUCGACUACACACCCUACACACAUGCACUCUCCCCGCUCUCAGCGUCCAGCCCUCUAAUCGCCGUCGGGACCACCCACCCGGCCAUCCGCCUCCUAGACCUCCGCUCCGGGCUGUCCACGCACUCCGUCCCCGGCGGCAACGGCGCAGUAUACACACUGGCAUGGUCGCCACGCAACGAACACACACUUGCCGCGGGCUUCAGCGACGGCCGCGUCCUAUUCUUCGACAUCCGGCGCGCAAACGCCGCAUUCGCAGCCCUCGACCUCGAUGACGCCGUCGGCGUGCUCGGCCCACCGGCACACGAAUCCCACGGCCACGACACGCGCCGCGAGCCCCUCUCGUACAGCACGACCGCGCACGCCGGGCCCGUGACAUCCGUGCAGUGGACGCCGUCGGGCGACAAGCUCGUCACGGCGGGCCACGACCAGCGCAUCCGCGUCUGGGACACGGCGACGGGACGCACCGAGCUCGUGCAUUUCGGCCCCCGGAUCAGGAACGAGCGACUGGGGCAGCUGGGCCCAUUGAUCUCGCCGCCGGGGACGUGUUUGCCUGGGCGCGAGAGUCUGUUCUGGCCCAACGACGACAGCCGCGGCUUGGUGUUCCAGCAUUCGCUCCGCGAGGGCGUGUUGAAGCGCGUCUUGAAGACCGAGGGCGUCAAGCUCGCGCAGGUCCAGGCGGCGUCGUCAGCUUCGCUGCGUGGCGCCGGGCGCGGUCGGGGUCGAGGUCGAGGCGGUGCAGAUGGCGGUGGUAGUGGUACCAGUAGCAGUGCCACCGCAUCGCGAGUCACGGGCAGUGGACGCAUCAAUGCGAUGGUGUGGCGCGUGAACCCUACAGGACGAGACGGCGCCCCUGUCGAGAUGUACACGGCGCACGGCGACGGGCGGAUCGGGGCGUGGCUGCCAGGUGGUGCUCAGGACGCGGAUGAAGAAGAAGCAGCAGCAGCCAAAGACGCAGAUCCCGCGGCUAGCCGGUUCUCUCAGCCCGGAGGACUUCACAGCGGAACUACAGGAGAUGCGAAACCGCUGGAUACCGAUGACGAGGUGGAGAGGGAGGCGGAGAAUCGCAGGAAGCGCAAGCGUGCCCUCAUUGGGGAUUUGGUUCAGGGGUUGGCGAAACGUCCGAUUUCCUUCUCUUGA